AUGACAUCUAUCCCCACAACCCCCACCUUCCACGGUGGCACAAGCCCCCAGUCCACCCUCUCCGACAUCUCCAUGUCCUCACCAACCCUCAAAAACCCUCAUCACUCCCCCCCACACCAAUUGAUACUCCACAACCUCCGCCAAAUAACUCCUGAUGUUCCUCCCCAAGAAACCCCAAACGAUGAUUACGAAUACGACUAUUACAACUACUACUACAACGACACUCCAGCAACUCGAACAGUCCUAAACCACCCUCACCUCCUCCACCGCAUCCUCUCAAACAUCUACGACGCCCCCUCAGACUACCAAAAGCCCUCUCACCUAAUACCUUACGACGAAAACCCAGAAACCUACUCUCUAGGGAAACUCUACGAUCUGCAAUGGGUAUCCCGUUACUGGCAGGAAAUAAUAUAUUCCCUAAACAUCUUACCUUUCACAAAUACUCGUGAUGCCCAAAUCACCGUGUUAAAUACAGGCGAUACUCAUCGACUACACAUCCCAUUCCUGACUUGGCUCGGUUCCAAAAUGAAAGAACUCGCCGAACACCCCACGGUUCCUAAUACGGACUUUUCAACACUACAGCAACUGGUGGAAAAGGCUACAAUGCCAACCGAUGGCUUCUCCUCCACGGACUUCAUUUCAAACCCUCCAGUAUCAAAAAUAUGGUUAGGGUUCCAAGCAGAUUCUCAUCCACCGUUUACAUCAGAAUCAUUCAAAAACCCAAACACGAAAAAACGAAAAGCAGUCGGUUGUCCCAUCGGUUCACUACUAAACACCGUUGAAUAUAGUUACAAAAUCAGAGAUAGAAAGGGGAGGAGAAAUGAUAGGAUAAUGGAAGAUGCUUUCAUUGUUUCCAACCCACUGGGUGUGACUAUAUCUGAUGUGGUAAACCAUAUACUGGGUGUUCUGUCUGGGUAUUAUCGAAUUAAACAUAAUUAUAUGCUCUGGAUGAUCGAAAUCGGAUUCCCGGCUGGUUCAAAGGAAGUGUUAAACAAAGAACUCGUCUUGAAAAAGAGGUUAUCGAAGACAAUAUUCGAAAUCUGCAAUCGAUCGGCUAGAAUAUUUCUAGUAGAUUCCAGGCUGGAGAUCAAAAACGAACAUAGAGUCGACUACAAACCUCCCCAAGAUUUCGAUCCAUUCUUCGACCCAACCGCCCAAAAGAAGAGGAAGCAAGAUGAUUCAUCUAUUCAACCGGAGACACUCAAACUCUCAAUGUUAAGGAGCAAAACCAAAAAAACCGACGAAGAAACCGAUGAAGAAGAAGAACAGGAAGAACAGGAAGAAAAGCCAGAGGAAGUCAAGCCCCCCAAAAAGAAAAGUGUUCGAAAAAGGACUGGUAAAACUGGCCGGGGUGGCAAAAAGAAAGGGAAAGAACCUUGUAUCGAACCAGGCACGCCAAAGGAGAAACCUAUUAAAAUGGAAAUCGACUAUAUUGUUCAUAGUCAGGUCGAGAGCGAUGGGGUAAUGGAGGAGGAUCAAGAUGAGUUUUAA